ACAGUUUCAAUAUUUUACUCCUACUACAAGAUUUAUAAGACUCUUAAAGAAAACACUCGAAAUCUAAAUGCCCACAGCAUAGAAGAUGCAGCGGCCUCAUCAAGACGUCCUGCAACUGAUAUCAGACUCUUAAAAACUAGUUUCACGGUCAUUUGUGUAUUUCUUGUAACAUGGGGACCAGUGACUGCUGUAGUGAUUGUUGAGACCACUGGGAGCCUUAUCCCCAGGGAGAUUUUUACGGCAGCUAUUUACCUCAUGUUCAUUAGUAGUUUAGUAAAUCCAAUUAUAUACGGGAUUAUGAAUCCGCCUUUCCAAGCGGCCUUCAAAAGGGCUUUGAAUUUUGGUCGUUAUGGCAACAACCAAAAAAAAGAGAGUUCUACAGGAAAUAGAGACAAGCCUUGA